UCUUGGUUGUCCCAAGGUGGCCUCUCGGGGUAUGUAGCUGUUUCGGCUCAAGAGCUUUCCUGGCUCCAGCUUCGAGCUGCUCUGUCGCAGAGCCUCUGGUGGCUGGCCCCGGUCCUCGCUCGUGCGAGCGACAGGCCAUGGCGUCCGCGCUCGCGCGCACCCUGGCGCUCGGGCUGCUGUGCGCACCCCCCGCCCGGGGCGCCUCGUGGGAGUGGGCCGGCACGUUCGACCUCGCCGCCGGGCACUACACGUGGUCCUGCACAAAGUCGGAGUCCGGAAGCUACGCGGACGGUUCCGCGAAGAUCCUCGUGUAUCCGCUGGCUGACUCGUCUGGUGAGUCGCUCGAAGCUGUCGAGUCGGCUGCCGAGACGGCGUGGGCGACCUCGACCGCGAAGUCUUCAUAUGAGGAGUUGGAGACGGGCAGUACGUACACGCUGAACUUUGAUGAUGAGACUUGGACCACCCAUUUCAUCCUUCACGUUGACACAGCUGGUGCUUACGCCGUCUUCUUCGAGCACAGUCCCUACGAGUUCGAGAAUGGCUUCCACUAUCUAAGAUCGGAGGGCGGCGAGGAUGUAGAACCCGCUUUCGAGGAAGAGGGCGGCAAUCACUCGCACGAUGAGCAUGAGGAGCACUGCCCGUGGGACUUGGAGUGGGAGUGGUCGGCUAUCUUCCCUGUGGAGCAGGGUUGGUACGACUGGAACGCGGAGAAGGUCGACGGGGACUACGCCGACGCGCACAUGAAGAUUGUGAUCAUGACGACUACCGAAACUGACCUCCACGACCUGGAGACACAGGCCGAAGCCUAUUGGGACGCGAUCACAGAUUCUGACGAGGUGGACGUUGGGGAGACGAUCCCGCUCGAUGUCGGCACCACGCUGCACUUCAGCCAGGAGACGUGGGCGUCGCACUUCAAGAUCUACGUGCCGGCGGGCACGUCCCACAUCGCGGUGUUCGCGGAGCACUUCCCGACAGAGUUCGAAGGCGCGUACCAUUACCUCCGGUCCGCCAACGGCGAGGACAUCGAGCCCGUGGCCGAGGAGUCGGGUGCAGGAUGCGAGAGCGCCAGCGAGAAUACCGGCACCCACGACUCAAAGAUUUGGGGCGAGGUAAUCUUGGCCGCGUUCGUCACCGUGGUCCCAACACUGAUCGGCAUCGUGCUCGUCGUGAUGACGUGCAUGCCCAAGCUGAAGGCCAUGAUGACGGGCGAGGGCGGCAUCGUUGCGGUCGUUCACUCGUUUGCCUCGGGCGUGAUCUUUGCGGCCGCGGUGUUCCUUCUGCUGCCAGAGGGCCUGUACCUCGUCACCGUCGGGAAGACGGAGGCGGGCGGAUCCGGGAUGUGGGGCGCUUCCGUCUUGGCAGGUUGGUUCUUCGCCACUGUGGUCAAGCAGGUCUGCCAGCUCGUGAUAGGAGAAAGGUCGAACCUCGCCUUGCCGACCGGAAACGGGGAGGUGGACGAGGAGCCACAGAAGAGCAGGUCCACCAGCUGGCUGGUCUCCUUUCCCAUCCUGUUCGGAGACAUGUUCCACAACUUCUCGGACGGUCUGGUCCUCGGGGUCGCAUUCAAGACGUGUGGCGCGUCCUUCGGGUGGAAGAUCGCGUGGGUCACGGUCCUGCACGAGCUUCCUCAGGAGUUCUCCGACUUUGCCGUCCUGAUCACAAAGGGGAGGAUGGCCUGGCCCAUGGCCCUCACCCUCAACUUCAUGUCUGGGCUUUCGACGGUGAUCGGGGCCAUCAUCACUUACUCCAGCGACGUGGGCUCCGGGGUGGAGGGAGCGAUCCUCGCCGCGGGCGCCGGAGUCUACCUGUACGUGGCCACGACGGAGCUCGGCCCCGCGGUGGGAGACCUGAUGGGAGACCGCGCCCUCGGCUCCGUCGCGCGGCUCCUCAGCUUCGCGGUGGGCGCCGCGCUGAUCGGCCUGGUGCUCCUGGACCACGAGCACUGCUACGCCCCGGUCGUGGAGGGCGAGGGCGGCGAGGCGGCGUCGGACGGCCACGCCCACGGCCACUAGCCACCGGGGCAGGUGGAGCACGGCGACGCCCUCGCACGAGGGAGUGGCGAGGGUGGCCUUGGCGCGGGGGCGGAACAGAGCCCGCCCCCGAGCUCUUUUUGCGGGCCAAGGGCCAAUAACACCUCAAACCACAUCCAACAACACCGCCAGUCCGCCGUUGCGCUGGUGCUUCUCUGCUAUUUUUUAUUUCGCGCUCAGGCGCAUGGAGCGGCUGAUGCUCGGGCGAUCUCCGAGCGACGCUGCCCACGAGGGGUGAGUACUUAGAGUGGUGAUGACCGCUAGCGCUUCUGCUGGCACGUGAAGAUUCUAGCAUUGCGAUGCAGAAUACAGAGGUUAGGUGUUUUAUACAGUGGAUGCUUAUCACAGGCUUUGCUGCACAUCAGAGGAGGUGCGUUAACUCCCGAUGCCAUGUCUGGCAUCGGUGUACGUGCGCCCAUAGACGUCUCCAUCACAGGGAUUGCUAGCCAGCCUUGUAAACCGUCCUUUCGUGCGCAAUGCUCGCACACAAUUUUGUUGGUGUUUGUGCCCCUUGGCUCUUGACCAUUGGGCAUCACACUGCUAACCGGAGAGCUGAAAAGCGGAUGCCUUUUUUGUGGCCGUGGAGCGAUCGGAGGACAAA